AUGGGGAGCAAAUUGGUACUCCCAUUCCUUUGUCCACAUCUCGUGCUCCAGAUUUCACUAUCUCCCUCCACCCAAUUUGUGACUGUGGUGACUGCUAGUGGGUUAAUCGUCGAUGUUACUGGCCCAUGGAGAGAACCAGACUCAACAGUGGUAGCGGAAGUGGGGCGGUUUUCAGUGGAGGUUCGUGAAUUUCAGGGAAUGUCGAGGGGUAUCGGCUAUGAGAAGAUGAGGAAACGCCAUAAGCAGCAACAACAACAAGAAUAUCAAUAA